CGAAAAUCGGCCAUUUUCCGCUUCUCGCCUUUGCAAAUAAUUAAUUGUACUUAAUAAAUAGAUAACUUAAAUCAUAAAAGUGUAUUUAAAGAAAUCAUUGUAAAUACCACUACAUAUACUUUCAACGUAAUCACCGUAAUGGCGAACCGACGACCACAAGGGGGUGGGCGGCGCGUGGACUUCGGUCGUAAUGACCGCGGCAACAACUACCGUGGCGUGUCACCCUGGCAGGGUGGGGGCCCUGGGGGAGACCUUCCCAACUUACUUCCCCUCGGUGGGCCCGCUGAAGCGACCCUGGCCCUUGCCAGCAAUUUAAUUAACCUUCUUCAACCCCGUCAGAACCCUGUCCCUUCACUCCUUGACAUGCCCAUCCGUCGUGACUUUGGUCCCGCCAUGAAUCGGUAUGAUCGAGGUUAUGGGCCUAAUAGAAUGGGCAAUCAGGGUAGUUUCCGGCGUACGGGAAAUUACAAUCGCGCUGGUGAGCGUAUCAACAACAAUCGUAAGCCGUUUAGACCCAAUGAUGGGCAAAGGCAACAAAACAAGGGCUCCCCGAAAAAGGAUGCCGAUUCAAAGGCUAAGCCUGGCAAGGAGAGCGAUGAGACAGGGGAUAAGGCUGACAAGAAUGAAGACAAGAAAGACACCCCCAAGACCCGUUAUGAUGAUAUAAACCAGUCACUCUUGAGAUGCCACAUCUGUAAUAAGAGUAUGUGGGAUGGGAGGUCGUUUGAGAACCAUCUAAAUGGACGGGCCCAUUCAAUCAUGAUGCAAAAGACUGCGGAGAGCUAUGCACUGACUGCGGACACUAUGCGCCAGGAGUUUAAGAUUCGCGAGAUGAAGCGUACACGCAAAACGGGUCAGCAGCCAUUGCGCGAUUUCUACUGCGCCAUGUGCGACAUGUAUGCUGCCGACGGCGCCAUCCACCGCACCACCGUUGGACACAGGAAGCUGAAGAAGUACCUCCAUCCCGCUUGCACAUCCUGCCACAAAGAGAUGCCGACAAGGAUAGAGCUAGACGAGCAUAGAUUAUCCGCUGAGCACUUGAGACAGUUGCAGGACAAACAGGACACUAACAUCACUAAGCCGAAACUUGAAGUGAUGGUAUUCUCGACUCUCAGCAUGGAGCAAAUGUAUCUGCGCGAUGACAGGCAACGCUCGCGGCGCUACGACCGACGCGACAAAGAUGGCGAAGCGGAUAAGGAGGCGGACAGGGAAGCCGACGUAGACAAGGACAAAACUGCUGAGGGCGAACAGAGUUAUGCUGAAGGCGAGGAAGUCAACAAGGACUCGAUGGAAGAUGGAGAAGCUAAGAAGGAAGACGGAGAAACAAAGACUGAGGUGAAGAAGGCAGAGCCUAUUGACAAAGAGGACACGGUGCUGGACUACAAGGAUGGGGAUGACGUCACCAAUGUCACACAAGAGAUGUUGCCAGCUUAUAGCACGGAGCGCGGCGUGGGUCGCUCGUUCCUGAAGCCGCUGAACUGCAUCCAGUGCCAGUUGUGCCACAAGCUGCUUGACAGCGAGGAGACUGCGGAGGUGCACCUUCGCACCUGGAGACACCACCAGCUCUUCAUCUACUUGCUGAACGAGAAGAGCGGACAACUGGCGGAGAACCAACAAGCGGAGACAGGCAAGAGAAGUCACAGCAACUAUAACGAUGACUCUGGUACGUGGAAGCGUCGCAAGACCGCCCCCAAGGAUGAAGACGAUGAGGAGCAGGACGAGCCAGAGCCUGAACCGGAGCCUGUGAAGAGGAACGGGCUCGGUGACACUCAAGAUGCAAGCAAAAAUGCCGAAGCUGAGUUAGACGCCUUAGAGAAUCAGGGAGGCGAGCUCGCUGCUGAUGAUUUGGAAGACUGGGAGCAGUCUGUGGAUGAACUUCUGGACGAUGUCAACAAAGAUGAGAAGGAAGCCAAAGCAGCGUUAGAAACUGCAGGGAAACCAGGAGAUCAAACCGCUGACGAUGAUAUGGAAGACUGGGAGCAGUCUGUAGACGAACUUCUGGCGGAUGUCAAGGAAGAACCUGAAGCGAAGCCAGAACCGGAGCCCGAGCCAGUUAAGAAAGGGGAAGAAGUCAAGAAGACUCCGCAGCCGAAGUCAUCUCCAAGGGGCCGUGGACGCGGGCGCGGCCGACGUCCCUACUAAGAAUAUAAUGUCGGAAACACACUUAAGCUGUGCGUUACGUUGAGCUGCCAUGUCGACCUCCCUGGCGCAACGGUUAGCGCUUUGAAUUUCUGUGAACUUAAGUAGGAGGUCCCGGGUUCGAUUCCCGGCAGGGUCAAUUUGGGAAUUUAUAAUUUCUGAAUUUUCUCUGGUCUGAUCUGGUGAAGGCUUUGACCGUGGCUAGUU